AUGUACAGAAAUCAGCAGGAAGUACGAAAAUUUUACCAAAGAAUCGAACAUCAAAACGAUGCUUUUGGCAUAGACACACCCACCUGCAGAGACAAAGAAGGAAAUCUGGUAACUGAUGCAGAUAGUGGGAUAUGGAAACCACAAUUUUGCCAGCUACAAGUGUCCGACAAUGGCAGCGAAGAGGAUACCGUAGAUCCAAUAACUGGUGAUGUGCUGGCUCUUCUCUGCAGCUGUCAGUCUUCAUUGGCCGGUUUUCUGGGUGGAUAUGGUCACGGUUAUGGUGGUUAUGGAGGUUAUGGUGGUUAUGGUCAUGGAUAUGGCUAUGGCGGUUAUGGCCAUGGAUAUGGAUAUGGUGGACAUGGAAUAGGAUAUGCUGUUGCCGCAGCACCUGUGAUCGAGAAAGUAGUUGCUGCUCCUGUCAUCACAAAGACUAUCACAGCAGCACCCAUUAUCAAAACUGUAGCUGCAGCUCCCGUCAUUAAGGCUGUGGCGGCUCCUGUUGUCUAUGGCGGAUAUGGCGGCUAUGGGCAUGGUUAUGGCCUGGGACAUGGCUAUGGCUAUGGUUUGGGACAUGGCUAUGGCUAUGGUGGUGGCCAUGGUGUUGCCAUCUCCUAUGGCCAUGGGUAUGGUGGACAUUAUGGAGGCUAUGGCCAUGGUUGGUAA